AGGGAGCGAACAAAUACGAAUUUCGGUUCGGUUCGCGUACUUCGUAUCAUCAUGAUCACACCGUUGUCUGGACUGGCGGCUUUGGGUGCUUUUUUUCUGGUGACCCUGGCCCUGGUGGUCAGCGAAUCGUCCGUUCCGGAACGUCCGCGUUCCUUGCGCCUGCCCAACGAUACCCAUCCGCUGGCCUACCACCUUCACAUCUCCAGCGAUAUUCACAGGGGCGUACUGCUCUUCAGCGGAAAUGCCACCAUUGACGUAGUCAUCCGGAAGUCGACGAACGAGAUAGUGCUGCACGCCAAGAACCUGUCCGAUAUUCAGAUCACUGUCCAUCAGUUAAUUGACGGGGGCUCGGAGAUCGUGGACAACCUAACCCACACGAUCCAUCGUUCUGCGUCUUUUCUCAUCAUCCAUCCCAUCGAGAAUUUCCAGGCCUUCGAGGAGGGACAGCGAUUUCGACUGGAGAUCCUGUACACGGCCAAUAUGACACAGCGACCCGCCGGUCUUUACUAUAUGGAUUAUAGUGAUGAGGAAGGCCAUCCCGCUUUUGUAGCCGCCACGCAAUCAGAGCCGACAUUUGGACGUCUUAUAUUUCCCUGCUACGAUGAGCCCGGAAUCAAGUCGAAUUUCAGCAUCAAGAUAACACACGGCAGCAGCCAUUCGGCCAUUUCUAAUAUGCCAGUUAAGGAAAUAUGGUCUCACGGAGAUUUAAAAACCACCUUGUUUCAUACAACUCCACCAAUGUCCACCUAUCUUGUGGCAUUUGUGAUCUCCUAUUUCGAGAGCACAUCUGAGACAUAUCGAGGGAUCACCCAAAGUCUCUACGCACCACCAGCUUCCAAGGAAAAGGGUCAGAGUGCCUUAAAAAAUGCAGUGCGAACGGUGGCGGCAUUCGAGGAUUAUUUCGGGGUAUCCUAUCCCUUGCCAAAAUUGGAUCACGUGGCGCUUAAGAAGAACUUUGGAGCAGCCAUGGAGAACUGGGGUCUAAUUACCUACAAAGACACCAGUUUGCUGAAAAACAUAUCGCUGGAUAUAAGAAAUCCGUUGUGGGACAGGAUUACCCAGAACCACGAGAUUGCUCACCAGUGGUUCGGCAACUUGGUUUCCCCAGAGUGGUGGACAUACACUUGGAUGAAUGAGGGAUUUGCCACCUACUUCGGAUAUGUGAUCACUGAUUUGCUCUACCCCGAGUACAAAGUAAUGGAGACUUUUGUGGCCCAUGAGGCGGAUAGUGCCUACAGCUAUAACAGUUUCUUCGACGUCCGUCCAAUGUCCUCUUACGUGGAAAAUGAGAAGGAUAUUAUGGGGGUCUUUGACAUUAUUUCCUACAAGCGGGCGGCUUGCGUGAUCAGGAUGUUCCACCACGCCUUCCGUCAGAAGGUCUUCGUGCGCGGCAUAAGUCACUUUCUGGAGAAAUAUCGUUACAGAGCGGCCAACGAGCUGAACCUCUUCGAUGCCCUGCAAACUGAGCUUCAUGAGGACGAGUACUUCUCCCAGAAGUCGUGGGCGUCCCGGAUUAGGGAUAUCAUGCUCUCCUGGACGCACAGCGAAUGGCUGCCCAUUCUGGUGGUCACGCGGAACUACGAGAACAACAGUAUCACCUUUAGCCAGCGAUCGGUUCACUCCAAGGAUGAGCUCUGGUGGAUACCUCUGAAUUUUGCCACCGCUCAAUCACCCAAUUUCGAGGACACCCAGGUGGAUAUAUUCAUGCCACCGCAAUCGCAGUACUCCGUGGCACUGGCGGAUCUGAAUAUGCAACUCAGUGGCAGGGAUUGGAUUAUAGUGAACAAACAGCAGACGGGCUUCUAUCUCGUCCACUACGAUACGGAUAACCUAAUGGCCAUUGCCAGGCAGCUGCAGGCCAAUCACUCCGUCAUCCACAAGGUUAAUCGAGCUGGUCUGUUCCGCAAUCUUAAGCCCCAAAUCGAACACAAUGACAUCGAGCAGGUGGAUGUGGUGUUUGAAAUGCUGAAGUACCUGGAGCUCGAGCAGGAUAUACUGACCUGGAAUGAGGCGGCAGAUUCCAUUGAUCGCUUGUCGGAAAAUCUUGUAGGCACUGCAUCUCACAAACUUUUCAAUGAGUUUGUUUGCCGACUGGUCACUCCCAUUUUCCGACGUGUCUACGUGGAACAGAAUGCAAAUAUUUCCCUGGAUCAGGGCAACAGGAUCCUGCACACGGCCUGCUUGGCGGAUCUUCCGGAGUGCCUGGGUUACACUCGCAACCUGGCCAAGGAGUAUUUCAUCAAUAAAGUCAAUUUCACCACGGACUCGGAAUACUAUGGCACAUACGACACUGUUCUGUGCAUGGGAGUGCGAUACCUGAGCGAUCCGGACUUCCACAGGGUAAUCGAUGUGCUGAAGGCGGCGGAUCGAGGAUCGGAAAACUAUGAUGACAUGAUAUAUGCCCUGCGGUGCACACAGAGUCAUCGCCACCUGCUGCACUACCUAGAGGUCAUGCUGGGCGAGGGCUCCACGCACUUGAUCCUUUCCGAGCCCGAGGCCAUGAUGUACAUCGUCUAUGUGUUCAAGUCGAGUUCGGCAUCUCGCCCGGUCAUCUGGCAGUAUAUCGAACGCAACUACAUGCUCAUCUGCCGAUCACCAAACUUUGUGGAGCACUUCAACCAGAUUGCUAAAUUUGUGCCCCGACAUCAGAGGUUAAAUGUGAGCUGCAGCGCCCAGACCAUUGCGAAUCACAUGGAAGCGGAGGGUAUUAAAUCGAGCCACGAACUGAUCGAGUCCGAUUCACCGCUGGUGGGUAAAAAGAUGAAGAUUACGGAAAAUUUCCAGGACAGGUUCGAGCAGCAGAUCCACAAUUGGCUGCUUGGCGAGGUUCCUCAGUCAACCGGGAGAAGUGAUGCCCUUUUGGCCGCCUCCCUAAGUGCCUCAAAUGGAUCGAGUCGGCCGCAAGGCAUCCUGAAGGAUGCAACUCGGGCGGUGAGGAGUGUGCUGCGAACGAUAGAUAUGUAUAGGUGAUUACCAAUGUUUCUACUAUAACUGUACAAGUACAAGCUUAAAUACAAAUAAAUUAAU